CCCAUAGCAGAUGCUGCUUUCCGGUCGCUGCGCGGGGAACACCGCGGCCUCCUUGGUCUCGGUCCUCGGCAGCAUUUCCGGCCGCAGGAAGCCCCGGCCUCAGAGGGGAAAAUUGCUGCCGGCUGCCGGGGACCCGGAACUCAAGGAUUCGGCUGUAACCGACCUGGCGGUGGGAAGAAUUAAAGAGACGGACAAGCGGGGGCGGGUGGCCGGAAGGCUGCGAGACGGCGCCGGAAGCCGGGCUCGGGCGGGGACCACCUGGGCUUUUUCCCGGCGGCUUGUGGCGCGGGCGUGGACGGGCGCUCCAGACACUUAAGUCCGAGCCUCUGGACCCAGUCGCGCAGUGAGUCGUGGGCAAGUGGCUCUCCACGUCGAGCCUGGAAAGCUGGGUCGUCCUGGCAGCGCCCGCGUGAGACGACGGCCACCGAUCAGAGGCCUUGGAAACAGACCUGGGGACUCAGCCCACCCUCUAAGAAACCCGAGGAGGAGCCAUCCAUCUCCACUUCCCUCACAGCCCUGGGACACCAUCCAGCAUGUCACAGGCCACCAAGAGGAAGCAUGUGGUGAAAGAGGUGCUGGGGGAGCACAUGGUGCCCUCUGACCAGCAGCAGAUUGUGAGGGUACUCAGGACCCCCGGGAACAACCUGCACGAGGUGGAGACAGCGCAGGGGCAGCGCUUCCUGGUGAGCAUGCCCUCCAAGUACCGGAAGAGCAUCUGGAUCAAGAGAGGGGACUUCCUCAUCGUUGACCCCAUCGAAGAAGGAGAGAAGGUGAAGGCUGAGAUCUGCUUUGUGCUCUGCAAGGACCACGUGCGCGCUCUGCAGAAGGAUGGGCUCUGGCCUGAAGCUUUCUCCGGGGUGGUUGAGAAACACAACAGCAACAGGAACAGACAGACUCAGCCAGAGCUCCCGGCAGAGCCCCAGUCGUCAGGAGAAGAGUCCAGCUCUGAAGACGACUCUGACCUGUUCGUUAACACCAACCGCAGACAGUAUCAGGAGAGUGAGGAGGAGAGCGAAGAGGAGGAGGCAGCCUGAGGCCCUGGACCCCACCUCUCUUGCUCAAAGACUAGCUUGUGGCUCCUCUGAGCUUGGACAUUCCCAGGGUGCUCUGCCACCCUUCCCCCUGGAUGGGGACAAGGCGGGGCACCUGCGAACUGGCCUGACCUAGGAGAAUUAAACCCCUGGUGGGUGGAGACUAGUGCUAGUGUCUCGUGGCUCUCUGGAGGGGGAGGGGCUUGUGCUGCAGUUUCCCGCCGCUCCGCGGUGCUCUGCACUGGGCACUUGGAAGUGCUGGGCCUUGCGGUGCCUCCUUGCUGUCUAAUACCUGGGAGCGCUCUCAGUUCACGGCUGGCUUGUUGUCAACAGUCAGGACCACAGCGUGGCCUUCAUGCCCUCCUCUAGGGGACACUCGGAGGCCGCCGGUGUCCAGGCUGCUGUUCACGUUCCCUGGGUGGCACGCAGGCCCUCAGCCCUCAGCCCUCCCCACCCCACAGCUUCCCGCGUUUUGAAGCUGCUGCCUCCGGCGGUCCCUCCCUCCUUAUGGCUGGCCUUGACCCAGUUGCUGCUCGCCUUGGAGCUCACCCUCUGCCUGGGGGCUUCUCCCCACUUGUGGCAUCACACUUUGCAGUGGGGAAAAGCGUUUCUGUUUACGUGGCGCUGUCCACCUCCCGUGAGCGAGCCGCAGUGCCUGCUCCAGACCUGCUCCCCGCAUCCUGAAUCACUGCGUCUCCGUCUCCUGACCUUGCCAGACUCUUGGCGCCUUUCGGAUUCUGAGGCCUGACCCCCCCGGCCUGGCUUCCUCGCACAGCCAGCCCUCCAGUUCCCCUUCUCCCUCCAACGCAGCCCUCCCACGGACGCCGCUGGCCUUGGUGCCUCCCCGUGCACUCCCUCCACUGUCCACACCCUCCACCCCACCUCCUCGUGGUGGUCACCUGGUGCAGGCCUUACGCUAGGCCUAGCCGGUCACCCCUUUGCCUGUGUGUCAGUAACUUCAAGAAAACGGCCAACCUGGCCCUCUAGCCUCAUCUGCAGCCGCUGACGCAGACCUGCCGCGGACUGGGCUCCGCCGUGGACUGGGCUCCGCCGUGCAGUCCUCUGGGGUGUCCUGUCCACACCUGCUCUCAGCUGCCAGUUCUCUUCCUCUGUUGUCACCACAGCUGUAGGUCAGGAAAGAAGUGCUGUGGGGGCCCGUCCCUGCCCCCCUUGACCAGUCCUACAGAUACACUCAUGGAGCCGCCUGGCCUGGCCUCAUGUAUCCGGCAGACUAAGCUUGCUCGUGUUUGUGCGGCCGGUGUCCUCCGGCGUCAGCUUUCCAGAGUUCCUGUUACCACCCUCUGUGGAGGCUCACAAGUGCUGCAGAUGCUCACAUCCGGCCAGAAACACCCACCACUUAGCCCCACAUCCUCUGACCUCAUUCACACUCAUGCUUCUUAGUGUCGCUUUCUAUACGUCAGUGUAUAUGUGCGCGUGUAUUUAAAACUAUGCGUACAAAAAGGGAAACUUGAAGAUACCUGUGUAUAUCUUUAACUCAUCCUGUUUAUUUUCUGUAGAGAUAGCUAAUUUUUCCUAAUAGGAUAGCCCUACUGAAUGAGUCAUUCCUAUUCAGAUAUCUUUUAAAAAUAAACUCGAUU